AUGGCCGCAUCAGAAAUCCCUCCCUUCAAUCACACCUCCAUGGACGACAUCGCGCCGACAUGCGCGAAAGUACGAGCCACAUUUCUCUCGCACAAGACGCGCCCCCUCGAGUUCCGUAUCCAACAGCUGCGCAAGCUAUACUGGGCGUUCAAGGACAAUGCACAUCUCAUUGAGGAGGCCUGCAAGCGUGAUCUGGGCAAGUCGCAGUUUGAGACGUACCUGACCGAGAUCUCGUGGGUUAUGAACGACUGCGUGUGGAUGGCAAACAACGUCGAGCGAUUCGCAAAAGAUGAGAAGCCGGCAGAUAUCGCCUUCACCAACAAAUUCGUGGGGCCGAGGAUUCGCAAGGAUCCCCUUGGCACUGCUCUGAUUAUUGGCGCCUACAACUUUCCCAUCCAGCUGACAAUUGGGCCGCUCAUUGGCGCCAUUGCUGCUGGUUGCACCGCUAUCAUCAAGCCCUCUGAGUCGGCACCAUAUGCCGCGAGCGUGAUGCAGAAAAUCAUGGCUGAGUCGCUCGACCCUGACUGCUACACAUGCAUCCAGGGUGCCAUUCCAGAGACAACAGCACUGCUUGAGCAGAAGUGGGAUAAGAUCUUCUACACAGGAUCAGAGCCUGUGGCACGCAUCAUCGCAAAGAAGGCAGCUGAAACGCUCACACCACUGACUCUCGAGCUUGGCGGCAGGAACCCAGCCAUCAUCACCAAGCACGCAGACCCUAAACUGGCGGCAAAGCGCCUCUUAUGGGCGAAGACACUGAACGCUGGCCAAGUCUGCGUCAGUCAGAACUGCACCUUCAUCGAUCGUGAGCUUGUCCCAGCGUUCAUUCAAGAGAUGAAGAAUGCUUUGAAGGAGUUCUACCCCAACGGUGCCCGCAACUCGCCUGACUACGGCCGCAUUGUCAAUCAGCGGCAGUUUCAGCGCCUGAAGAAGAUGCUGGACUCCAGCAACGGCAAGAUCGUGGUCGGUGGCACCAUGGAUGAAGAUGACCUAUUCAUCGAGCCUACUGUCGUCCAAGUUGACAGCGUCGACGACGCUCUUCUCCGCGAUGAAAGCUUUGGUCCGCUCCUCCCAAUUCUACCUGUCACCGAUCUCGACGAAGCCAUCAAAAUUGCAAACGAAGUCCACGACACACCUCUCGGCACCUAUGCUUUCGGCACCAAGGCGGAAAUGCACAAAAUCCUCGACCAAACACGCUCUGGUGGUGCUUCCCUUAACGACGGGUUCUUCCAUGCAUCAAUACCGACUCUCGCAUUCGGCGGCGUUGGAUCUUCCGGCCAGGGCUCUUACCGCGGCAAGGCAUCUUUCGAUGUCUUUACACAUCGUCGCAGUGUGACAACAACACCGGCAUGGAUCGAGAGCUUGAUGGAUGUCAGAUACCCGCCGUAUACAAGCGCGAAGAUGAAGAAGUUCUCGGGCAUGAAUGAGGUCAAGCCGAACUUUGACAGGCAAGGGAGGACGAUCGGAUGGGGUGGCUGGCUCUUGGGCCUGGUUGGACUGAAGGGGUUGGCUGUGCUCAUUGGUAAGUAA